CCAAAAAAUCAUCCGGUCGUUGUUAUUAACUUUCCAGGAGUGCAUGACGUGUCUUAUGAUCAUGAUCAAACAUGGACAGUGAAGGAUGCAUGCACUUCUACACGAUUCUUGGUUGAGGUCGAGUUCGUCAACAUUAAAACGUAUGGCAGAGUGCAACCUUUUUGGCUCUCCAUGUCCAGACCAUUAUGGAGAACCUCCACGGAGGCCCAGUCUGGUCUCGCGCGUAUGCUGCAAGAAGGCAUCCUCACAGACAUCACCGUCAAUGCCGUGGACGGUAGCAUCAGGGCUCACCGCGCCGUCCUGGCAGCACGGUCACCGGUGUUCCUGAGCAUGUUCUCGCACGAUCUCAGGGAGAAGCAACUCUCCACGGUGGACAUUUCCGACAUGUCCAUCGACACUUGCCGGGCCUUCAUCGGCUACCUCUACGGCGACGUGUCCGAGGAGGAGUUUCUCGCCCACAAGUGCGAGCUCCUCGCCGCCGGCGACAAGUACGGUGUCGGCGACCUGAUGAAGGCGUGCAAGAAGAGCCUGCCGGACGAUGUCUGCACAGAGAACCUGCUCGAGAGGCUGCAGUUGGCCCACACCUACGGGCUGUCGGUGCUCAAGAAGACAUGCGUGAAGCUGCUCGUGGAUUUCGGGAAGAUGUAUGAGAUUCCAGAAGAUUUUGAUGAGUUCGUCAAGUCUGGGGACCAGGAGCUCGUUGGUGAAAUCAAGGAAAAGAUCGCAGUUUUCCGGGGCAGAAUGUUUCCGCCCACGACCAGCAGCGUGGCGGCGUCAACGUCGAGCCCAGCACCACCUCCAACUGCUGGAUCAUCUGCGUCCAAUCCCGAGCCAGACAGGCCAGCUCUCCUUCGAAAGAGCACUCGACUCAAGAAGCUUAAAUUAACAAGUGGCUGA